GCCCGGCUGCGGCCUGUCCGCGCUGCGCCGCCGCCUCAGCGGGUGGGCGGGGAGCGGCGGCGCGGCGGGAAGGCGGCCCGGGCCGGGCGGGCGCCAUGGCGCUGCCGGUGUUGUCGAGCUCGGCGGUGAAGUUCCGGCGUGUCCUGGCGCACUUCCCUCAGGAGCUCAGCCUGGCCUUCGCCUACGGGUCCGGAGUCUUCCGGCAGGCGGGGGCCUCGGCCGGGCACGGCGAGAACAAUAUGCUGGACUUUGUGUUUGCUGUUGAUGAUUCUGUGACCUGGCAUAUGAUGAACUUGUUGAAGAACAGGAGUCAUUAUUCCUUCCUAAAAGUUUUUGGGCCGAAGCAGAUAAGUAGUAUACAGAACUAUGGAGCAGGGAUUUACUACAAUACUUUAGUGCCAUGUAAUGGUAGGAUGAUAAAAUAUGGUGUAAUUAGCACUGAUACCCUGAUUGAUGAUUUACUUCACUGGAAAACCCUCUAUGUUGCUGGACGCCUACAAAAACCGGUGAAAAUACUGACUCAGAAUGAGAAUAGCAAGCUGCAAGCUGCCCUUGUUAGCAAUCUGAAGAGCGCAGUCACAGCAGCCUUCCUCAUGUUACCAGAAAGCUUCUCUGAAGAAGACCUCUAUAUGCAGAUUGCAGGACUUUCCUAUUCUGGUGAUUUUAGAAUGGUAAUAGGAGAAGACAGAUUGAAAGUGCAGAACAUAGUGAAACCUAAUGUUCCCCAUUUUCAGAAGCUGUACAGUAACAUAUUACAGGACUGCCCUCAAGUGGUGUAUAAGCACCAUCUGGGAAGGCUAGAGAUUGAUAAAAGUCCGGAAGGUCAAUUUACACAACUAAUGGCUUUGCCAAGGACUCUGCAACAAAAGAUAACAUCUCUGGUAGACCCUCCUGGAAAAAACAGAGAUGUGGAAGAAAUUUUACUGCAAGUUGCCCAUGACCCUGACUGUGGAUUUGUGGUGCAUCAAGGCAUUUCAGGAAUUGUGAGAUCUUCCAGUAUAGUGCAGACUGCUAAAACCAUACUAACAGCUGGACCAAAGAAAUCUGUAACAUACAGUAUGAAGAAACUAUAUAAAAUGACAAAGGGAUGGUUAAGGAAGACAUCUUGAGUCUUGGCAUACUGUGUAAUGGGUAAAUAAAUGGUACUAUUUCUCUAAAUAUUUUGCAGAUGUUGCUUUGCCUACUUGAGAAGAUUAAAGUGAGUUUAAGAAGUCUGUUCUAAUAAUUUACAUGCCCAAUUUUGCUACUAAAAUAGGAUUUUUUUGUUAGCGGGGGAAGGUUUGAUGGUAAUUGGGCAAAGGAAUUAUAUUCUGUAAAUUCUGAAAUGAAUUUUCCUUUGUACUAUAGCUUGGAUUUUCAGAAACCCUGAGUUAAAAAGAUUGCUUGUACAUAUGAAUUAAAACCCAAAGACACUCAUUUUCUAUGUAUUGCUAGCUUUAUUUUCCAAAAUACCCUCAGACUCUUUGAAAAUAUUCACUGUCCCAAUGUUAGUUCUUUCAGGAGCUUAUGGAAUGGGAGAGUCCAUUGAGUUUUAAGUAGAUAUGAAACUGUCCUCUCAAAACCACAUUAUUUCUGCACUUACAAGUUCAUCCUUAGAAUUCUUCUGAAGAUGCUUACUGGGUGCUUCUGCAGGGUAGACUUCAUCAAAAGUAAAUUUUUUUCUCAGAUGUGUGACAUUCUGAAUCAAAGAACUUCAACAAUUGAUGUUCAGUGUGGGAGAGUGUUUGAAAUGACAGGCUUGGCAGGUAUCAGAUCUUUUCAUAAAAACUCAUGUUCCUUUCAUGAGGCUGAGGUGACAACUGCCCAGCUCAUGGCUAAGCAUUGUCAGAAGUGUCACAGUUGGAAGGAAAGGCACACUUUCAGUGACCUUCAGGAUCUACUUGUGCAGAUUUAUGAAAUACCUGUUAUUUGGCAGAAGAGUCUAAGUGCUUUAAAGUUGGGAAUUUUAUGAGCAAAACUACCUAUUUUUUGAUUCUUCUAUUAUUUUUUUUCCUGAAAAUCCUGUCCACAAAAAUAAAACUUAUUCUCCCUUGCUUUUAGCUAAACUAGAGAAAAAUGGACUUUUACAUAGCAUGUUAUAUUAAUCAUGCCAUUAAAGGAUGAAUAUUUCUGGCUGUAUUCAUGUGUGAUGCAGUAAAUUUGGAAUAUCUGUUGUAAAUAGAAUAUUUUUUGCACUGAGUCAGGUGGGUUUGCCAAUUUUGGAUGUUUUUCUUAAUAUGAAUAAAUUGAGAGAACACUUCA